CCUCCUCCUCCUCCUCCUCCUCUCCCCCUCCCCUCGGUCCCCUCCCCUCGGUCCCUUGAGCAGUCUCCUCCUGCCGAGCGGAGCCAGCUCCGGGCACAGCCCCUGGGGACGCGGCUGCUUCUCCUCCCCAGCCCCGAAGAGCAGCGGCGGCAGCAGCCGAGGGACAGCGACAGCGACAGCGACAGCAGCGGCGGCAGGAGGCUGUGACAUACCACUCCCGCUGACCAUGUCUGACAGUGCAGAUAGUGAGGAGAAGCCCCCAGCCCCUCCGCUGAGAAUGAACAGCAACAACCGUGACUCCUCAGCCCUCAACCACACCUCCAAGCCCCUGCCCGUGGCCCCCGAGGAGAAGAACAAGAAAGCUCGUCUCCGCUCCAUCUUCCCUGGAGGAGGGGACAAAACCAAUAAGAAGAAAGAAAAGGAACGGCCGGAGAUCUCUCUUCCUUCUGAUUUUGAGCAUACGAUUCACGUGGGGUUUGAUGCCGUCACUGGAGAAUUCACUAUGGGGAGACCGAGCACUGAGCCCAGGGCACUGCACAUAAGAGCCCUCCCUUGUAACAAAGUACAUCAAGGCAAAGCAAUCCUUCCGUUUGCCGGGGCUGCCGGUGUAGGCCUCAUCCAGUGUGCCGAGGGGCUCGAGGCACGGGGAAUCCCUGAGCAGUGGGCAAGGCUUCUCCAGACAUCCAACAUCACCAAGCUGGAACAGAAGAGAAACCCGCAGGCUGUGCUGGACGUCCUCAAGUUCUACGACUCUAAGGAGACCGUCAACAAUCAGAAAUACAUGAGCUUUACUUCUGGAGAUAGAAGUGCUCAUGGGUACUUAGCAGCCCAUCCUUCGCAGACUUUGAUUCCAAGACCAGCUUCCCUCUGUUACCUGGAUACCUCAGCUGCCGAGGGAGUGAAGGCUCAGAGUACAAAAACAGCAUCCGAACCUCCCUUGGCUCCCCCGGUGUCCGAAGAAGAAGAUGAAGAUGAGGAAGAGGAAGAAGAGGAGGAGAAUGAGCCCCCACCAGUAAUCGCGCCCCGCCCCGAGCACACAAAAUCUAUUUAUACACGUUCUGUGAUGGAUGCUGCUCUGCCCGUGGCUACCCCCAAGGAGGCUUCUGCCCCCACAGCAGAGAACUCACCCUCCAACACUCUGUAUCGGAAUGCUGACCGGCAGAGGAAGAAGUCUAAGAUGACAGAUGAGGAGAUCCUGGAAAAGCUGAAUGAGGAAACUGAGUCUCAGAGAGGAAGCAUUGUGAGCAUUGGGGAUCCCAAGAAGAAAUACACGAGGUUUGAAAAAAUUGGCCAAGGGGCAUCAGGUACUGUCUAUACUGCAUUGGAUAUCGCCACAGGACAAGAGGUGGCCAUAAAGCAGAUGAACCUCCAGCAACAGCCCAAGAAGGAAUUAAUUAUUAACGAGAUUCUGGUCAUGAGGGAAAAUAAGAACCCCAACAUUGUGAAUUAUUUAGACAGCUACUUAGUGGGUGAUGAGCUGUGGGUAGUGAUGGAGUACCUGGCUGGUGGUUCUCUGACUGACGUCGUCACGGAGACUUGUAUGGAUGAAGGCCAGAUAGCAGCCGUCUGCCGAGAGUGUCUCCAGGCCUUGGAUUUCUUGCAUUCCAACCAAGUCAUCCACAGAGACAUUAAGAGUGACAACAUUCUUCUCGGGAUGGAUGGCUCCGUCAAACUGACGGAUUUUGGGUUUUGUGCCCAGAUCACCCCCGAACAAAGCAAAAGGAGUACCAUGGUGGGGACCCCCUACUGGAUGGCUCCUGAAGUGGUGACAAGGAAGGCCUAUGGCCCUAAAGUGGAUAUCUGGUCCCUUGGGAUCAUGGCCAUAGAAAUGGUGGAGGGUGAACCCCCAUACCUGAAUGAAAAUCCGCUCCGGGCCUUGUACCUCAUAGCUACUAAUGGCACCCCGGAGCUCCAGAAUCCUGAGAGACUGUCUCCUGUGUUCCGAGACUUUUUAAACCGCUGCCUGGAGAUGGAUGUGGACCGGCGAGGCUCUGCCAAGGAGCUUUUGCAGCAUCCAUUUUUAAAACUAGCCAAGCCUCUCUCCAGUCUGACUCCUCUGAUCCUUGCUGCGAAAGAAGCAAUUAAGAACAGCAGCCGCUAGUGAGGAGAGGGAGGGCCUUCACCCGCCCCAGCCCUGGCGUGUGUAGAGCCGGACCCCCGAGACUCUGUAGGACAGACAGACAGACACACAACAAACCUACUUUGGAUGUCCCCAGUGUAAGGGGCGUAAGGCUUGGGGGCUGAGCCUGCCUUCCUGGGAAUGGAGCCUUCUCCCCCCACCCCAGUCACAUCCCUUUAGCAUCUGGAGCCAGUUCAAGGCUGCAGGGGGCUCUGGGGGAAGCAGCUCCUGGCUGUUGCCUCCAGCUGCCCAGUAGCCAGGAGCCGCUUUCCACCACGGGCCGGCUGCCCGUGCACUUCCUUGUCAAAUGCCUGGCUUGUCGCUUUUCCCAGUGUCUGGUCUGCUUGGGCAUUAGAGAAGGAAGAAAGAGUCCCUCCGGUUCUCUAAUGGCUCCUGCCCAUCUGCCCACCUGGCUCUCAUUCCCACAUUCAGUUUCCCUGUGGUAGAAUAGACAGAAAGUCAUGGCUUGGCUGUCUGUCCUCCAUGAGGCAGAAUGAGUGUGUUGUGAAUGACCUCAGCCCUUGAACCCGGCUUCCCUUCUCCUUCCUCUUCUCCUCCCCUCAGCCCCUCCAAGUUUGGGGCCUCCUCCCUUGGGUCAACUCAGUGUGUCUUACUCUUGGUCUGCAUUUGCCUUGGGAAAGUUAGCUUGUCGCAUUUAUUUUAUUUUUUAAAGGCAAAAGAUAAGUAAGUGUGUUCAGGAAGGUCUGGUUUGGGGGUUGCAUUUUCUGCUUGCUUCCCCCACCCCUACCCCGUGGCUUCCCAUGCUCCCAGAUGCCUGGAAAAGGUUGCAGAGAGUCACAUGGCAGAACUUGUUCCUGCUGCCCCCCCAAAUUUAUCCCUGGAAAGCUGCUCCCGGGGCUACCAGAAAGAUCUCCAUGCUACCUCUUGACUCCUUCCAUGUGUGGUGGCACUUAGGGACCUAGCCUCUGCCCACCCUCCUGAUGGGGCUGAAUCGUUUUUAUUCUGACAAUAAUUGUGAUUUUUUUAAAUAAUAAAAAGAUCUGGUGAGGAGAGAACUGGUUAGCACUCGCUGUGCUAGUGAGCUGGGGCAGCAUCUUUGCUGCUGGCUUCGUGUCCCUUUGAGAACUGGCCAUCAGCUAGGGAGAAUGUGGGUGCUGCUCCCCUACUCCAGGAUCUCCACAGGCAGGUUUCAGUUAGGGUGUGUGCCAUGUUGACCAUUUGGCAACUUUGAAUUCUAAGAACCUGCCCACAUGCCUCGGAGGGAAUCUGUUAAACAAUUUCACUUGAGAAGCCCACUGAGGCAUGGGUGACACUCUUUCACGGGCUCUCCCCAAAGACUCAGCUACUGGUACUUUUUGCUUUCCUGGAAGGAAGGGAUGGAAGGAGUGAAGAGAGGAGGAAGAAAGGAGAGAAAGGAAAGGCUUUGCUACUUUUUUUGAGCUCAUUGGCAUCUUGAAAAGAUUUGGACAGUUGGCUUUCUGAGUCCUUGAAAAACGCAUGGUUUUUGUUGUAGUAGGUCAGGCAUGGGAAGAAAAUGUGUCUGAAUUCAGGCUAGGAAGUAAAGGGGUAAGUGAGGGUUUCUUAGUCUGUGAACCUCUUCCUGUCAUUAUGAAGGUCUACCCAUCUUUCCAUUCAUCCACUUACCCACUCAUCUACCCAUCUAUCCAUCCAGUCACCCAUCAAUCCGUUCUUCCAUUUACUCAUGUACCCAUUCAUCUACUCCACCAUCUAUCCAUUUAUCCAGCCUUCCUUCCAUCUACUCACAGAAUCACAGACUCAGAGUAGACUACUUAGUGGUCAUCUAGCUCAACCUAUACCCAAAAGGAAUCCCCACUGUAACAUACCUGACAUGUCAUCCAUUAACAACACAAAUAAACAUUUAUUAAGUACCUACUAUGUGCAGGGCUCUGUGCUAGGCAGUGGGGAUACAAAGACAAAAAAAAAAAUCCAUCUAUCCAUUUGUCAAUCCAACCACGUACCUACUCACCCAUUUAACCCAAUCUUCCAUUCAGCUAUCUAUCCAUCUAUCUGUUCACCUGGCUCACUCACCUACCUACUCAUCCAUCCAUCCAUCCAUCCAUCCAUUCAUAAGUCCCAUCCAUGAUCCACCCAACCACUGAUCCAUUCAUUCCCUUUCCAAUUCUCUCUUCCAAUGUUCUCAUUUCUUUUCCACUUUUUCCUUAAGCAAUCUCAUUCCAUUUAUAAAAAUAUUUUUAAGACUCUGCUUUAAACUCUUGCUUCUUCCAGGAAUUCUAGUUUGUGUCCAUACUGUGUUUUUCUCUGAGCCUUUGCCUAUAGAUGUUUUGGAGUCACUCUCCUCUUCUGCAUUUGUAUCUCGAGCAUUCUUGCCACCAUGAUAGCUCAUUAUAGUGGAAUUCUUUUUUUGUUUACUUAUUCUUUCAGCCUUCUUCCUGACUUCGAAUGUGAUGCACGGCUGGGCUCUGCUGCACUUUUAUCCAUUCAUCCACCCAUCCAAUCUCCCAUUCACUCAUUCUUCUGUCUAUCCUACCCAUCUGUUUAUCUAUUAAUUUGUCUGUCCCAUCUAUUCUCCAUUCGUAUGUCCACUCACCUAUCCCUCUACUAAUCUGUCCAUGAUCUAUCUAUCCACCCAUCUAUCCACUGACCCAUUCACUCAUCCAUUCAUUGAUCCACCCACAUAUCCAUCCAUCCAUCCACCCAUCCAUAUCAUUAUCUCUGACUGACCCUUCAUCCAUCCAUUCAUUCCUCUACCCACACACUCCCGCUAUCCCCCUGAAAUGAAAACACUGCCUGUGGGGAGUGUAGCCUAAGCCCAUGGGCUCAGUUGUCCCACUGGGGAGGUGAUUUUGGUUCCCUAAUUUCCCACGUGAAUAUAAAGUUAGGGGGACUUUGACCUCCCAGGAAACAUACAAAGGAGAGAAGCAACAUACAAGGCCAGUCCCUUGUGUGGAGCAGCCUAUGUGUAUGCUGGGCCCUGGGGGAUAAGAUGGCUGGGCCAGGGCUUUUCCAGACAGCUGUUUGAGCUAAUGAGAGGCCUUAAUUUUUCUUUCAGUUGACAAUAUGUAUUUGUAUUCCUCAGUGAUAGAUGUCAGUUGUUUCCAGAGGCAGAAGUCACUGUUAGUUUGCAGUGGAGGGGUGGGUGUGCUAUCCUUGGGGGGGCAGUGGGGAGCCCUGACCUGGGUUGACCAGAAAGAAUAAUUCAUGUCCUUUGUGUGCCUUCGGGGCCUUUCCUUAGGGUCACUGCAUGUAGAGAAAUGGCUCUUCUUCUGGGUUCUCCCAGGUCCUUUCUGACCCCUGCUGGGCCACUGAGGCCUGUAGGCAUGCUCUCCCAGCAGACUAAUGAAGAUACCAUGCUGAUCAGCCAUUUGCUCAGACCCCUCUUCCAUGAUGUUGGACAGCUACUUAGACUUUGAAGAAGUAUUACUGCUAAGCUGUUUCUCUUGCCAAAAGUCUGCUGAAGGACUAGUGUAUGAAACGUUUGACCAUCCAUUCCUCUAUAGGGCAAAGACCUUUUCCCCUUUCCCCACCUCUUUCAAUAGUUCCUUAAAUCCCUUCUGAAUCUGCCGGGCUCUUUCCUGUGAUGCCAGGGCCUCUCCCAUCCGGGUGCCUUGGGGGGAUCCUGA